GUACAGACAUCUGAUGUCACUUUUGCUGAUCAGUUUCAAAAAAUGUACACAACUUACUGCUGAGUGAUCACUUUAUCCUUAUUUGUUUGGUUUAAUUGAUAUUACCUCCAACAUAAUCCCAAUUUGUAGUUUGUGUGAACAGUUCGUUUGUUAAUUGUUAAGAAUUACGUGUUUUGAAAACGGCACAUAUCCCCAGGAACCCGAAAGAUGUCUCGUUACACUCCGUCGAACCCUGGCAGCUACGCUCAGACAUAUAAGCUGGUUGUAGUGGGAGGAGGAGGUGUUGGAAAAUCAGCAAUUACUAUACAGUUUAUACAGAGCUAUUUUGUAACCGAUUAUGAUCCAACUAUCGAAGACUCAUAUACAAAGCAAUGCGUUAUUGAUGAUGUUCCGGCGAAACUGGACAUCCUGGAUACUGCUGGUCAAGAAGAGUUCAGUGCCAUGCGGGAACAGUACAUGCGCUCCGGUGAAGGAUUCCUGUUGGUGUUUGCCGUAACGGACCAUGCCAGCUUCGACGAGAUGUACAAAUUCCACAAGCAAAUCUUGCGCGUCAAGGAUCGUGACGAAUUCCCCAUGCUGAUGGUUGGAAACAAGUCGGACUUGGACCAUCUGCGAGUAGUGUCACUCGAGGAAGCCCAGCAGCUAAGCCGACAACUCAAGAUACCGUUUAUCGAAUGUAGUGCCAAGAAUCGAGUGAAUGUCGAUCAGGCCUUCCAUGAACUGGUACGAGUUGUGCGAAAAUUCCAACUUUCCGAGAGACCUCUAAUCGACGAGAAGGGCAAAAGAAAAGGAGGGAAAAAGAAAUGUUGCAUCCUGUAAAAAGAUGCUUACACUUUUUAGCGCACAAUUAAACAAUUUUUCGAAAGCACCUAAUUUACGUCAUUUAGCAUGAGUUAAUGAUGUGCUUAUAAACGAUUUCAUGAAUGCUACACAGCCUCUAAAGUGGGUGCGUAUGCAUUGAUUACUGCCGUACUACUAUUCAUUUUUUAACGUUUCAAAUGUGUUUGGACAAUACAAACUGUGGCACAGCAACCACGAAAUUGAAAUACUUUAAACCGCAAAUUAUUUACAAAAUUGGAAACAUCUAUCCCAACGUGUGCCAUAUGUUUGCAAUAAGUUGAUUAUGACUACGUAAAAAAAUAGAAACAUCAAAACGAGCGUGCCUAAUUGAUAUUUAAUAUCAUCGGUUUUACUAAACGAUACAUACUAAAUCAGCCCAGGAAAGAAACGAGACACAUCAUGUGUAGUUGAUCGUAAAGCAUUUUAAACCUAGUUUGUCUAUUUUUAAUCUAGAGCCCAAUGUUUACAAUUAUUUUAACUAACUCCUCAACAAACAAGUGGACAAACAAAUAUCGUGUCUUCAAGACGUCAAAAUCGAAAAUAAAAUAUCAACACCAUAUUGAAAAAGCAAAACGAGUAUAUUUACUACUACUUAUAUGUAAGACUUAUACUGUAUAGGUAGCUAUAUGUUGCAUUGUGCUUUAUCAACGAGAACAGAGUUUUAAGAAAUGCCAGAUAUUUAUAUAUGUUUACACCAUUGCGAAUAACAUAAUAACUACCGCCCAACGUAGUAAGGCGUAAGGUUAAUAAAAAUUAUUGAAGUUUUAAAUUGGAUGCAAUGUAAUAUCAAUAUUAACCAAAAUAACUAGCUUUAAAUGUGCUUAAAAGUUAUGCAAAAUAGAAUUAGAAACAACGCGAAAAAAAAAACAAAACAGAUACACACAAUUUGGAAAAGGUGCUAAAUUAAUCCGUUCUAUUUAUUUUCAAUAAAUGAUUCGAACUACUUUUCUGUAUGCCGUAUAUAUUUUGCAGUAAUCUAUUUAUAGAAAUACAUGUAUUGACCAACUAAA